UUUAUUGGUUUAGCCAUUCAUUCAUUAAUCCAAACCUUCAUUCUUUUUUUCCAUACCCUUGCGGCGACAAUCCUUUUUAUAUACCAACUACAGUUACUUUCAUUUCCACCUUGACCCGCUAGUAUUGGCAAACGCAAACAAACACGAGCAAAUACGGACCAUACUCGCAUCCACAAGUCGCCGUAACCACGUUCUUUACUACUCGGCAGCAUCCGAGAAUCAGAAUCAACAAUACCAUUGAUUGACUUUACACUUGGGGAAUGAAGACGACAGUCGAAACAGGCGACAGCUGGGACAGGAUUCAUUCGUUACUAGACCAACUACACUCCAAAAAUAAUACCAGUCCAUUCCCUCGCACGUUACAACUGAGCCCAUCACACGAUGAGCCCUCUACCAGUUGACGAAACGACCGCGGCCCGGUUCGCUCGAGGUGUCAUCCACUUCCUCAACACACGUGAGACCGACCCGGACAAAUGUCACCCGUCGCCUAACAUCGAUCUGUGCGAGAAACCCGCCGCGGCCAGCAAGUCGAGCGAGAUAGUCAUUGGAACGCUGGCCGGCCUCCUGGUCUUCUCAACCCUCGCCACCCUCACCUUCCUGCACAUCCGCCGCCAGCGCCGCGAUGCGAAGGAAUUUCCCAAGAGCAUCCAAGAGCUCGACGACUACGGCCUCGCGCCACCGUCGCCGUCCCACGCCCCCUCCAAGCCCAAAUCCGCCUAUCAGAAGCCCAGCGUGGACGCCGUCGACGACCACGACUCGCCCCCGAAGCACCGCCGCGGCGACUCUCUGCAGAACCUCGCGCGCUCUUUGCGCGGAAACCCCGACGCGUACCGCUCCAGGCCUGAUGAUACGUCCCAUGAUAUGAAGCCCGUGGAGCCGCUGAGCCAGUUAUAGGUAUGACCGGAUCGCGGCCUAUGGGCGAAAGGCGGUGGGGGAGGUGUACGCAAAGAAGCGAGUAGGAGUGUAAUGAUGACAGGGGAAGGGGGAGGAAGAAAGUGAACGAAAGUUUAUUUUAAAAAAAAAGCCGAAAUACCAGGACAGCAUGAGGAUAGGGGUAGUGUAAGAGCAGAAAUGCCAACCAGAGGACAGGGGAGGAUCGGAGACGAGAGGAGAGAAGAGGGGCGGAGAGGAAGAUGUGAUACCCAAUCGUUAAGACUUCUAACUUUAGGUGCCGAGCGAAAAUAGCAAGGCAAGCAAGGAUACCU